AGUCUCUCGUAGGGAGUCCCGUUGAACUUCCAAGACCGUGAAUCAAUCAGGGGGUCGCGCGCGCGGUGGACGCGUUCGUCAGUCAUCUCCCGUUCACGCUCAAACCGAGGCCGUGACGUCAUCGCAGCGAGGGUCUCUGGAUCUCAGGUGCAUCCCGGAGCUGUCUAUCCCUCCAGCAGUGUGUCGUCAGCUCAUAUCAGGAAUAACGCGGCGGACCGCGCGUCUCCAGCGACAUGGGAGAGACUCGAGCGCUGAUCCUGCUGUGCGCCGCUGUCGGUUUAUGCCACUGCAGGUCGGUGAUGGUGUCCGGGGGCCCCCUGCUCCGGGUCGAGGGCCAGCCGCUGUCCAUUCACUGUGAUGUAUCGGAGUACGAGGGCCCGAGAGAGCAGGAUUUUGAAUGGACUAUAACACGAGGGACAGAAACCAUCAAUGUGAUCUCAACGUUUGAUGAUCGUUUCACAGACCACUCUCUUCAGGACCGCAUAUGGAGCAACGACAUUAGUGUGUCACGACUAGCAGACAACGCUGUUGAACUAAGAAUUCAGGAGGCUCGAGUUAGUGACAGCGCCAUCUACCGCUGCAGUACUCCGAGCACAGACUCGGUCAUUAGUGGAAACUAUGAAGCAGACGUCCAGCUGCAAGUUUUUCCCAGCAGUCUGAUUAUGGCUGCUGAUGUCCCAAACCCUGUGGUUCAUGAGGGCAGAUCUAUCAGACUCCAGUGUAACGUCUCCCGCAAUUUCAUCGAAGGAAUUUACCUGUCUCUUACAUGGUCAGUUAAGAGAGGCUCAUCUCUACUAGAGGACCUGCUGACCUUUGGUCCAGAUUUUGGUGUGACAGUUGGUGAUGACUACAUGCAGCGCUACACAGAUGGAGGGAUGCGUCUAGAAAUGGGAAACGGCGUCUUGCACAGUCUCAUACUCUCCGGAGCAACACCAGCUGAUCAGGGCAUGUAUGUGUGUACAGCCAAAUUGUGGACAAGAGAGCAGGGAAUCUGGAACCGCAUUCAGGAGAAGACAAUGGAGAUAGGAGAAGUGACUGUCACCCCUACAGCGAACUCCCUCAUCGUUCAGGUUCAGAAUGACACCACAUUAUCCACAGGAGAGACGCUGCUCCUCACCUGUUCGGUUUCUGCUGAAGCCUCUGUUGAACUGGAGGUGAUGUGGCUGAUGAAUGCUACUCUUGUUCUGGCCCAUCUGAGUCAUGACGGCGUGAUGACCAACACAUCUGAUGCCGUGGACAUGAGACGAUUGGGAAAGUGGGAUUUCCAGAUCAAGGUUCACGAAGUGGAGAUGUCUGAUGCGGGACUAUAUGCAUGUAAAGUGAGUGCAUGGGUUCAGCGGGAUGGUGGACGUUGGUACCCGGUCGCGGAGAAGAUUUCAGACCCCAUACACAUUCAUGUUAUAAAGCAAAAUCCAGACUACACUGUUGUUCUGAGUUCAUCUUUGAACGCAAAGUUCUCUGGUGACCCGACGGAGUUAGAAUGCAAAGCCACAAACAUGUCAAACCUUCGUGGUGGACGACUGGGAGUGUUGUGGCUGUACAGAGACGUUCAGCCUGGUGACGUGCCAGGUUCUACUCACACCAUUGUGUCACUGGAUGAAAAUGGGAACCUUGUGCCAGGCAAGAUGUACAAGAGCCAUGUGGAGGCAGGGUUUAUUACACUGACUCGAAUGGAACCUAACACAUUCAAGCUCCGCCUCUUUCGCACCACGGAUGCUGACGCUGGUGAAUACAUGUGUGCCAUAAUGGCAUGGGUACCAUCUCGACAUGGGAAUUGGAAAAAGGUAGCUGAGUAUGUGACCCCAGCACUUGAAGUCAGCUUUGCAAACAAGCGUCCUGUUCUCGGUGUCGUGGCCCGGCGUCUCCGUGAAGCCACAGCUGCUGGCUCCACGUUUGAGAUGAGCUGCCAGGUCAACAUCCAGAAUCUCCCACCGGGAACUGCCUUCUCAAUCCUCAUCAUGUCUGAGGUGGCCAUCGGGUCACCCAGCCGAAAACUGGCCUCUCUGGGCCCUGAGAUGGUUCUUCAGCUGGUGGACUGGGGUGAGCCAGGCCGACAGGACAGCCUGACGCUGGUGAAGACUGGUAAAAGGGAGUUCCAGUUCCGGAUCCAGGCGGUGCAGGUAACCGAUCGUGGGUUUUAUUCGUGUGAAAUGAAAGCCUGGACGAAGCAGCCCGGGGAAGACUGGAUUGAGAUGGCCAAAGGAGUGUCCAAUAAGGUUCAGAUUGCUUUCGCACACAAAGGUCCCACAUUUGAUUUGUCCAUCAGUUCAGACUUAACGAGUAUUUUCCCCUGGGAAACUGUGAAGAUGGAGUGUGACGUCAGUGUUACUGGCACGUCUCCCACUGCAGAUGAUGUAGCGUACGAGAUGAAGUGGUUUCUGAGUCGUCUGAGGGGCUCAAACAGCACGUCCCUGCAAGCCAGUAUGGACCGCUGGGGCAUCGUGCGCAAGGCCCCUCGCAACGACAGCAGUGACUGCAGUCUGGAGCGCCUGGGACCCAGAAGAUUUGCCCUUAACAUCCACAGCACACAGGACAGUGACGCAGGUGGCUAUUACUGCAUCGCAACCCCCUGGUUCCGGUCGACCACUACUGGGGUCUGGAGCAAAGCACCGGAGGUCACCUCACAGAGAGUCUUCCUCAAUGUGAAGUUUGCAUUGUGGGACUCAUUGAAGCUGCCUUUGCUUUAUGGGAUCUGUGCUUCGGUGACUGUAGGCAUUGCUUCUCUCGUCCUGGGCCUAGUCUGUGCUCACUACUGCUGUAAAACAACGACACCUACUCCACGCUCUCACAACAAACUCAUGGAGCUGGAGAUAGAUUGACAAAGACAGUACAGUUGUCCCCUGCCGACCUGGACGGCGUGUUGACAACUGAUGGAUGCUGGGACGUGUC